GGAAGUUUCUUGUUUUAAUUUUAUUAGUAUCUUGUACGAAAAUUAAUAUGCCAUCCUGGUAUUAGAAACACGUUAUAUUUCUUGGCUCUGGUGAUUCCUAGUUAUAGGUGAAUGAAUCAGUAAUAAUAAUACAAACAUGGAGGCAUUGUAGAUUUUUAAUUUCAUUUUGCUUGCUAAUUGUGGAUGUUAUUAGAAUGACAGAAAUCCUUAGCAAUACUAUAGCUGAUAAAAGGAAAUUUAGUGAGUUCAUAUGUCUGGUAAACAAAUUGAUAUACUUAAUAAUUUAUGUCUUGUCCUUUUCCAGAAUUAUUAAUACAAUUUAACCUCAACUAAAUUAAUUAAACAUUUUCCCUUUUUGUGACCAGUAAAUAACACCCAUCGUCUUAUAGGGAAGUUAAAUUAUUUUCAUCCUCCCUGAUUGUUAGACAAUCAGUUAAAGCAUUUAAUAUUUUAAUUACAGUUUAAGGACAUAAUGGUUUAUUAUUCAAGAUUUGGGGGGUUUGCACUGUGGUUGCUUUGAAAGAAGAAAUUAAGUGUAUUACAAAGUGGGAGAGAUCUUUGAAGAAGAUAUGGGUUGAACUUCUAAGUAUUUAAAGUAAAAGGUGGUUGGAUGGAAACAGAAAUAUGUCAGGUUUUUGUGUCUCUUGACCUAAACUCUAAGACUUGGGCCUCAUUCCAUUAGAGGUCUGUUUGCUUUGUUGGUGCUGUUCGUGUGCAUUAUGAAUAUGAUGUUUUAUGUUAUGUUCAUGGAAAUGAGCAUUUUAUAAUAUGUUUUGAUCAGUAUUGAGAGUCUGCUAACGUAUAAUUAUCUUGCAUAUGCAUAUUUUAUCGUGGAGUUUAUUAAGUAUAUUAAGGAAUAAAUAAUACCCUUUCAGGCAUGAUAUAAGAUUCUCAGCCCCUUUGUUUUGGACUCAGUUUUAUCUUAUAUGCUUCUUUCAUUCUUUUCACUGGAAUGAAGAAUAGUAGUUAUGAUAUUAAAUGCAAAUUUUCUUUUUGAUCUGACAUGUUCAAAAACUAGUACAAUAGUAGAGUAUACUCUUAAACUUAAUAAUGAAACAAGUGGGAAUACUGAGAAGUUGUGCUGGAAAAAAAUAGUAAUCCUCAUCUUGUCAGAAUUUGCACAGCUAAAACCUGGCAUUAAGCUUUCAAACACUUUGUCAUUUCUCAACACCUUGGAUUUAGGGGGCUGCGCAGUUAAUUUGCACAGUAUGUUAAUCUUAAGGAGAAAUUUCUGGAAAAAGCAUGCCUUCUACAUGCUCAGAGGACAUUCAUGUUUGUUGAAUGACUUGUCUGUUGGUUGGUUGAAGAAUUUCCAGCCAUAUCUUAUGAAGGGGUAAGACACUUUUUCCUCCAGUUUCAUUCAGAAUUCAGAAAAAAAUCAAUAGGAGGGAACAUUUUAUGUUUCCCAAAUUACUGCUAAUUCAUUAGGAGCUGUGUGUUCAACUCAUAGCUCUGACAGUAUUAAGAUCCUGAGUAUUUUAAGAUCACUGAAUGCUGACUGAUUUGCCGAGGUUAAAUUAUUUGAUACUUGGAACACAGAAAUACCAGCUCUGCAAUCCGAAGUAACCCAUGAUGUUGAGUCCAUCCACAGUAAUGGCCGCGGCCUUACCCAGGACGCUGGGGGAGUUGCAGCUGUACAGAAUAUUACAAAAAGCCAAUCUGCUCUCUUAUUUUGAUGCCUUUAUCCAACAAGGUGGUGACGAUGUCCAGCAGCUCUGUGAAGCGGGGGAGGAGGAGUUCUUGGAAAUCAUGGCCCUCGUGGGCAUGGCCAGCAAGCCCCUUCACGUCCGAAGGCUCCAGAAGGCGCUGAGAGACUGGGUGACGAACCCCGGCCUGUUCAACCAGCCGCUGACGUCGCUGCCCGUCAGCAGCAUCCCCAUCUACAAGCUGCCCGAGGGCUCGCCCGCCUGGCUGGGCGUGUCCUGCAGCAGCUACGACAGGGGCAGCAGCGCCCGCGAGCCGCACCUGAAGAUCCCCAAGUGCGCCGCCGCCACCUGCGUGCAGAGCUUGGCGCAGGGCAAGGCCGACGCGGCGGGGAGCGUGGUGCUGCCGGGCCUCGGGGAGGCCAGACUCUGGCAGGGCCACCACGCCCCCGAGAGCGAGCACAGCCUCUCGCCCGCCGACCUGGGCUCGCCCGCGUCCCCCAGAGAGAGCAGCGAGGCGCUGGACGCGGCCGCCGCGCUCUCCGUGGCCGAGUGCGUGGAGCGGCUGGCGCCGUCGCUGCCCAGGAGCGACGCGGCCGACGUGCGGGAGCUGCUGAGGAGCAACAAGAAGCUGGCCAAGAUGGUCGGCCACAUCUUCGACAUGAGCGACGACGACCCGCGCAAGGAGGAGGAGAUCCGCAAGUACAGCGCCAUCUACGGCCGCUUCGACUCCAAGAGGAAGGACGGGAAGCACCUCACGCUGCACGAGAACAUUUUUGUGAACAGAAUGGGAUGCCCGGGUAGGAAGGAAGUAAAUGCCUGUUUUUUUAUGAAAGGAAAACAAGAACUAAUACUAAGAACAACCUUGUGCCAGCUCACUGUUAACGAAGCGGCUGCUCAGCUCUGUGUAAAGGAUAACGCGCUGCUGACGAGAAGAGAUGAACUGUUUGCCCUGGCCAGGCAGAUUUCUCGAGAAGUCACCUACAAAUAUACCUACAGAACCACUAAGUCAAAAUGUGGAGAAAGAGAUGAAUUAUCCCCGAAGAGAAUUAAAGUGGAGGAUGGAUUUCCAGAUUUCCAGGACUCUGUGCAAACGCUCUUCCAGCAGGCCAAAGCGAAGAGCGAAGAGCUUGCUGGCCUUGGUUCGCAGCAGCCUGAAAAGGUGAUGGCAAAGCAGAUGGAGUUCCUUUGCACCCCAGCUGGCUAUGAGAGACUGCAGCACGCCGAGCGGAGGCUUUCGGCGGGGCUCUACAGGCAGGCCUCCGAGGAGCACAGCCCGAACGGCGCGGCUUCUGACACCUCGGAUGGGCAAGGAGAAAGACCUUUGAAUCUUCGAAUGCCUAAUUUACAGAACAGACAACCCCAUCAUUUUGUGGUGGAUGGAGAGCUGAGUAGACUUUACUCCAGUGAGGCGAAGUCCCAAUCAGAGAGUCUUGGGAUUUUAAAAGACUACCCUCACUCAGCUUUUACGUUAGAAAAGAAAGUCAUCAAAACAGAGCCUGAAGAUUCAAGAUAGCUGUGAUUCUCCCGCUGUUCUCUGGAAAUGGCAAUUUAAGGAUAAUGCUCCAUCAUAGAAAUAAGCCUUAAUAACCAACGUUGCCUCAUUCAGCUCAAACAGAUUUCAUAGCCAAAGCAUAAGGACUGAUACAUAGUCUGCGGAAACCAGGAAGAUAACACAGCAGCCACAAAGGAGAAAAUUGAGAGAAUGUUGCAGUCUGUAACAGAAAUACUGAUCCAUUCACAUUCCUGUGUAAGUUGUUUUAUGUGGAAAAGCUUACAAAUUAAUAUUGUAAGCAUUCAUUAUUUAAGAAUGUACAAUGUAUUUGUGUAAUUUAUAGAAGUAAAAUCUAGAUGUGGAGACAUGUUUGGUCCAGUAAAUGUGGAUACAGUUUAUUUUACUUGAAAUUUCACUGUCUGUUUUAAGUGUGUUUAGCAUAAAUAUUCUUAUAUGUUAGAGUUUAGAAUCUUUGCAGUCAUAAAGAAAGUUUAAGCAAUGUAGUUAUUGGCAAGGUUGCAGUGGUUUUGGACAAAUGGAAAGCAAAUGCUCAAUUCAAACCAAGGAAAAUAUUGUGGAUUUAAUAUUUGAUAAAACCGACUUUGUUUAACAGGAAAUGUGUCAUUUUUGGAAGUAAAAUGUCACUUUUGCUGGCUCAGGCACACUUACGCAAUUAAUAAAUUCUAAAGUAAAGUUUAAAAGAUGAGCAAGAGAGUAGAAAAUCUCUCUUAUGUGGUUGAUUCAGAUUUUAGUAUAUCAUUCUCUCAUCAUAAAAAUAGGAAGCUGGUCCUUGGACAGAGAACUUGAAACAGGUGAACUGAUGUGUAAAAGCCGUGACUUAAACAUUGUUGUUGAAGAAUGUGUUGAAUAGAUUAAGUCUCAGUAAGUUAACCCCAAAUGUGAUAAGGCUGGUCACUGUCAGAAAGGCUGUCAUACAAAAUCGAGUCAGCACCACUGUAUGUCUGGCCCUUCUUGGUGUCCUGGAUGGAGUCAGAGAAAGUAGGCGUCUUGCCCUUGGGGAGUGUCUUCCCACUCAGACGGUCCCAAGUGUGGACAAUUGUUAUAUCCACAUUUGCAGGCAUAAUUCUGUGGAGGUUUAGUUGACACCUGGAUUAUUUAUUUUACAGUUUUGUGUACCUUUCAUAUUUGCAUAUGCAGUUUUUCUUUAAAUUCAUUUUAGCUUGAAAGUCUCUUUCAAUUCCCCCUAUUUAAUAAAUGGGCUGUGUGCAUAUUUAUGGGGGUGUGCUUAAAUGUUGAUAAUGUCCUUGCAUACUUACGAGAAGUUCACAUUGGAACCCAUAGUUUAAAAAAAAAUACCAUUUCUACCAAUUUACAUUUUUUCUGUUGGUUUAAGAGAAGACAUUUGACAGCUUUACCUACUUCCUUCAGAUUCAUCUAGACCCAGAUUUUGAUGAGAACAGCAUCCUGAGUUGGGAUAUGUAGUGUUUUUUUGUUUGUUUUUAGUUCUGCUCUAAGUCCUAACUGUGUACAAAAUACUAAGUCAUAAUCCAUUAUACUGGAGCCCAUCGGCCACACAUUAGAUGAAAUGUCUGGACUGUAGUCUCUGAUCACUGUCACAUGUAUAAUUGCUUUUUCAUUCUGAUUUGUAGAAUAGCUUUAUAGUAGAAACACCAGUAAACAACUUUUAUACUAUUGAAAGGCUCUUUUCCCCUAAGUGUUUUAAUUGUACCAUAGUGUUUUGCCCACUGAAGAAGCUUUUUAUGGACCUUGCAACUUUGUUGCUAGCUUGAGAUUGAUUAUUGUGGUUGUAUUGUUCACUGUGUGUAGAAAUAGUUUGAGUACGAUUUAAAUAGAUUGUUCAGUUUUUAAUAUUAGCCAUAGAACUGGUUAGUAUCUCAGUAGUUUCAUGAAACGUUUCCUGUAUUCUAAUCUAUUUUGAGAAAUUUUGUGGGUUUUUUUUUAAUUGUGUCUUACAGUUCAAGUUUGUAGAUUUUAAUAAGCAACAAUUUUUAAAGAUGCAGUAACCUUCCAGUUAAUACUUACCUGUCUUUCAUGGCCCCACAAACUGCAUCUUUAAAUCCAUAAGUAAGUUUCCUUAAGUAUCACACUUUCCUGGUCUUUCAAGCUUAAUGAUAAGGGGGAAGCACAAGAAAAAUUCCAGUAGAAUACAGUUUUUAUUUUGUAAACACUAAUGUAUUAAAUUUGCUAUACAUUGAAGCAAAUAAUAUAUAUUUUUAUUUGAAUUGUAUAUAUGAAUUGGAUGUUAUAACUAGUUGAUUUUUUCAUUGUGUUCGAGGUAUUUUCACUGAACAAGGUCAAUUGGUUACCUCAGUAUUAUAGCCGAUAUAGUCCAAGGGACCAUUUCUCCCCAAGUCUACGUUGUACUUGAUCACGUGACGUCUGCGUUCCUGUGACUCUUACAUCUGUUGGUGAGGUGGGACGAGUGCACUUGCUUCCUGUGGCAAUAAAGAUUUCUGUGCCUCACA